AUGUGCGGGCGAUACGCCCUUGCCUUGCGUCCUGGCGAUGUUCGCCGCCAAUUCGAGCAGAUGAACCUCCAUAUGUCAAUUGACGGCAUGCCAGAAGAUGAUGAGGUCCGACAAAGCUACAAUUUUCCUCCAGGGAGCUUUGGCAUUGUGCUCAGAGCCGAUGUGCCCGAUCGCGGAGCCGGGAAAACGGAUGACGAUGGCGAGAAGGAUGGUUCUGGCGGAGACGCGACGGAUGAGACUCCCAAAACAGAUGAUGGAGGCAAGGCUACGAGCCAAAGUAACGAGGACACUCAGAAAGAGACGCGAUAUCGCAUUCAAGCCAUGAAGUGGGGUUUGAUACCAUUCUGGACGAAGCGGAGCCCCGACUACAGCUCGAUGUUGCGUACAAUCAAUUGCAGGGACGAUUCAUUGAUCGAAAACCGAGGCAUGUGGACGUCGAUGAAGAUGAAAAAGCGAUGUAUCAUCGUGUGCGAUGGGUUCUAUGAGUGGUUGAAGAAGAAUAACGGGAAGGACCGCAUUCCGCACUACACGAAGCGGAAGGAUGGCAAGAUGAUGUGUUUUGCUGGGCUAUGGGAUUGUGUCAAAUAUGAGGGUUCCGACGAGAAGCUCUACACGUAUACCGUCAUCACGACCGACUCCAACAAGCAGCUUAAGUUUCUUCAUGACCGAAUGCCUGUCAUGCUCGAGAAUGGCUCUGAGGAUAUAGUCAAAUGGCUUAGCCCCGAACGGACCACGUGGACCAAAGAGCUUCAAUCACUCCUAAAGCCAUAUGAAGGCGAGCUCGACUGCUACCCUGUGAGCAAGGAUGUUGGGAAAGUGGGCAACAACUCGCCUUCCUUUAUUGUUCCCAUUGAUAGCAAGGAAAACAAGAGCAAUAUAGCCAACUUCUUCGGCAACCAGAAGAAAUUGGCCGAAAAGCAGGAAGCUGCUAAGAAUCAGAAUGAGGAUGAAGGUACCGAUGCACUGAAAAGGGAGGAGGGCCAAAGCCGGGACGACCGUCCAACCUUACUCGACAAAGUGACGGCAGAUUCUAACGUGCUGGCGACUGAACCUUCUUCAUCACAGCCUCCAGCCGGCAUCAAGCGUGAGCAUGAGCUGUUCGAUGGCGAAGAACGGGAACCGAAGGCUCCCAAGUUGAUGUUCAGCCCAUCAAAACAAUCCAAACCUACUGUAGGACUACAGAGCAGACGUAAGAUGCAUAGCGCCACAAACAAUGGGUCUAUCAAGCCAAAGAGCAGUCCGAAGAAAGCAGAAGGUAGCCAGAAGAUCACCGCUUUCUUCAAGAAGUGA